AGCGGCCAGCCUAGCAGCCCCCUGUGGAGGGUGGCCAAGGCCACCCAGCGCCGUUUCCCCCCAUUGUCCUCUUCCCGUCUGUCCCCUGUUCUCGCCCGAGGACCCGUGGCUCCCGCGCCUCCGCUUCGCUGGUGGUCGCCCCGGGUUGCGGAGUUCUUUUUGGUACACUCGACCCUCCAGCCAGCUGUUCCGACCCGCGCCACGGGCUCUCUAGCCACGGAGUUGCAUGCAUGACCCUUAUCCUGGGGUUUCGUUCACCGGGCGCAGAGGACCCCCCCCAGCCCUGGGCUCCUUGGGGACGGGAUGUUUGCACCUGAGGGAGCAGCAGUGGCGAUUUGGGGCCCAUUUUCUCCCAGGAGCUUUGUAUAAUGAGGGAAACUGAGGCACAGGGUCUGUGGGCUGUGACUGAGGUGUUGACACAGCCCCAUCUGCCUGUCUACCCCGCGCGCUCUUCAGUGUUCCGGGGGCAAUACCUGUGAUGCUGUUAAAAUAAAAGCAAGAAUGCAAACUAACCCUACGUUCACCCCCACCUCCCAAGUAUUUUGAUUUUCUUUUCUCCUCAUAAGGUCAUAAGUUUGCUCUGCAGCAUAGAAGAUGACCUUUUGAUUUUUAAAAAAGGCAUCCGUCCCAGUUCCCUUACUUAUGUUACCAUGUUUUUCACCUUGUCAUUUUCAAGCUAGAGAACCCAGGAUUCUUUUUUGCACCACUAGUCACUCUGAAGAGUCUGUACUUUCCUCAGAUAGUGGGUAUCAGGCCUUUCCCAUCUGUGGGGAGCACACUGACAGUAAAAGAUGCACCCUGGAUUGCCCAGUGUUGCAUUACUUGUUCGCUUACAGGCAAGCGCCUCCAAAAACUUCACUUAAAUUAGUGGAGAAUGCUUUGAAUGUAACAGCCAUACAGUGAUUUAAAAACAUGAGAUCUGAUUGAUACUAGUCCGAAAAGUACAUCUUUUAUUAUAAAUGAUAGUAGACAAGGUAGGCUUGGGACCACUUGGAAGAUCCUGGCAGACUAAGAUCUAUUGUUUGAAAUGACUACAUUUCUGCCAAAAGUGAAAAUAAGAUCUUUACACAGACUCCGAGAUAUUUAUGUAAAUACAGUGACUCUUGAGGAUUGUUGCCCGCUAGGACUUUGUAUACAAUGUCUCUUUUAAUACUCUUAAGUAUUUUCUCCCGGAGCCCAGGUUUUUGUAUUUCUUUACUGCAACAACUCUGUUGUGUGGACAUUCUGAGGGGGGAGAGAUACAUUUGUUUUAAACUUUGGAAACUUGUAGCCUGUAAUUUGUUUCUGAAUGUACAGAGCAUAAUGGCAGCGUCUGAGGUUGCUGGUGUUGUGGCCAAUGCCCCCAGUCCUCCGGAAUCUUCUAGUUUAUGUGCUUCCAAAUCAGACGAAGGUCUCCCAGAUGGUCUAAGCACCAAAGACUCUGCACAGAAACAGAAGAACUCACCCCUGUUGAGUGUAAGUAGCCAAACAAUAACCAAGGAGAAUAACAGAAAUGUCCAUUUGGAGCACUCAGAGCAGAAUCCUGGUUCAUCAGCAGGUGACACCUCAGCAGCGCACCCGGCGGUUUUAGGAGAAAACUUGAUAGCCACAGCCCUUUGUCUUUCUGGCAGUGGAUCUCAGUCUGAUUUGAAGGACGUGGCCAGCACAGCAGGAGAGGAGGGGGACACAAGCCUCCGGGAGAACCUCCAUCCAGCCACUCGGUCUCUUAAGGCAGGGUGCCAUACAAAGCAGCUUGCCUCCGGGAAUUGCUCUGAAGAGAAAUCCCCACAAGCCUCCAUCCUAAAGGAAGGUAACAGGGACACAGGCUUGGAUUUCCGACCUGUAGUGUCUCCAGCAAAUGGGGUUGAAGGAGUCCGAGUGGAUCAGGAUGAUGAUCAAGAUAGCUCUUCCCUGAAGCUUUCUCAGAACAUUGCUGUACAGACUGACUUUAAGACGGCUGAUUCAGAGGUAAACACAGAUCAAGAUAUUGAAAAGAAUUUGGAUAAAAUGAUGACAGAGAGAACACUGUUGAAAGAGCGUUACCAGGAGGUCCUGGACAAACAGAGGCAAGUGGAGAAUCAGCUCCAAGUGCAAUUAAAGCAGCUUCAGCAAAGGAGAGAAGAAGAAAUGAAGAAUCACCAGGUAUUUUUAAGACUUCCUGUAACAUACUUGGCUGACCAAUUUUGGGUUGUACUUUUGCCUUGGUGUCUCUCAACAAGCUUAUCUUUCUUCCUUAGUCUUGUUCUUGGUUUCUUAUCUUACAGAGAGGUGUGGGAAAUGGAACUGGAUAGACUCAAGAAUCAGGAUGGCGAAAUAAAUAGGAACAUUAUGGAAGAGACUGAACGGGCCUGGAAGGCAGAGAUCUUAUCACUAGAGAGCCGGAAAGAGUUACUGGUACUGAAACUAGAAGAAGCAGAAAAGGAGGCAGAAUUGCACCUUACUUACCUCAAGUCAACUCCCCCAACACUGGAGACAGUUCGUUCCAAACAGGAGUGGGAGACAAGACUGAAUGGAGUUCGGAUAAUGAAAAAGAAUGUUCGUGACCAAUUUAAUAGUCAUAUCCAGUUAGUGAGGAAUGGAGCCAAGCUGAGCAGCCUUCCUCAAAUCCCUACUCCCACUUUACCUCCACCCCCAUCAGAGACAGACUUCAUGCUUCAGGUGUUCCAACCCAGUCCCUCUCUGGCUCCUCGGAUGCCCUUCUCCAUUGGGCAGGUCACAAUGCCCAUGGUUAUGCCCAGUGCAGAUCCCCGCUCCUUGUCUUUCCCAAUUCUGAACCCUGCCCUUUCCCAGCCCAACCAGCCUUCCUCAUCCCUUCCUGGCUCCCAUGGCAGAAACAGCCCUGGCUUGGGUUCCCUUGUCAGCCCCCACGGUCCACACAUGCCCCCUGCCGCCUCCAUCCCGCCUCCCCCAGGCUUGGGCGGUGUUAAGGCUUCUACUGAAACUCCCCGGCCCCAACCAGUAGACAAACUGGAGAAGAUCCUGGAGAAGCUGCUGACUCGGUUCCCACAGUGCAAUAAGGCCCAGAUGACCAACAUUCUUCAGCAGAUCAAGACAGCACGUACCACCAUGGCAGGCCUGACCAUGGAGGAACUUAUCCAGUUGGUUGCUGCACGACUGGCAGAGCAUGAGCGGGUGGCAGCAAGUACUCAGCCACUUGGUCGCAUCCGGGCCUUGUUCCCUGCUCCACUGGCUCAAAUCAGUACUCCAAUGUUCUUGCCUUCUGCCCAAGUUUCAUAUCCUGGAAGGUCUUCACAUGCUCCAGCCACCUGUAAGCUAUGUCUAAUGUGCCAGAAACUCGUCCAGCCCAGUGAGCUGCAUCCAAUGGCGUGUACCCAUGUAUUGCACAAGGAGUGUAUAAAAUUCUGGGCCCAGACCAACACAAAUGACACUUGUCCCUUUUGUCCAACUCUUAAAUGACGGACCUGACUGGGGAGGAAGAAGAAGAGAAACUGAUGUGAACAGGAAGCGCGGGUUCAAGAUUUCUAAAACUCUAUAUUUAUACAGUGACAUAUACUCAUGCCAUGUACAUUUUUAUUAUAUAGGUAAUGUGUGUAUAGAAAGUCUGUAUUCCAAUGUUCGUAAAUGAAAGUAUGUAUAUUAUGCAGAAACAGUCUGUUCCCCCUCAUCUUGCAAUUCCUUUGGGGGAUGCAGAUUGUAGGGAAGAUGAUGUUUAGUUUGGCCUUGAAAUUAUGAUAUCCCUGCCCAGGGCUGUUUUCAAAUACAAUAUAAAAACCACCUAGGAACCUGC